AGACAUUGUGCAGAUACAGAUUUUAUUUGUCAUAAUGAAUUAUUUGUGUGCUUGGAACAUAAAGGGGAAUAGAUAUCAAAAACAAAAUAAACAUUUUUACUUGGUAGUGGUGAAAUAGUUAUUUUAAACACUGGUAUCAGCGCAGAAUUUCACCCGUUCAUCAGUGCAUCCCUAAUUCCAUUACACGUCGCUACAGACUCUGUUUGUCUGACAGAUCUAAUCAAUCUGUACAGCACUCACCGGCUUUGUAAUCUCUCAGGUGCAUACUCUACAGCCGUAAUCUCAGGUGACCAGGUCACCAGGAGAGCGGGGCUUGGACGAAAGACAAGCAGAUUAGCCGAGAAAACGCUGAUAGAGCAGUUUCCUUGCUGGCAGGCAUUGGAAGUUAAUGCUGUGACAACAUCACACGCGUCUCCUUGAAGGUUUUCCAGUGCGUGAUGCUAAAUUAUCUCUGUGACGUCAGAUGAAUUAUGGUUUUGAUAUUACCUAGGACGAAUGCAGUUUAGUUUUUAGGGCAUUUUUGUAUUUAAAAGAGAAAAAAAAUCUUUUCAACUCGAAGUUGGUCUAAGGUAAUCUCUCCAUGCUUCGGAGAAAGAGAAGGAACUGCAGCCUGGAGGUUUUUCCAGUGGAUACCUCAGUAAAUGCCUCUCAGAUGUUCCAUGUGCUGCUGCUGUUGUUGUAAGACACAAAAAGCCAGCAGGAUGGAGGUGUCCUGCCUGGAGCUGGCGCUGGAGGGUGAGCGCCUCUGUAAGGUGGGUGACUACAAAGCAGGCGUCUCCUUUUUUGAAGCUGCCAUCCAAGUGGGCACAGAGGACCUCCAGGUGCUCAGUGCCAUCUACAGCCAGCUUGGAAAUGCCUACUUCCACCUGCAAGACUAUGCCAAGGCCUUGGAGUUCCACCGGCACGAUCUCACCUUGACGAGGACAAUUGGCGACCUGGUCGGAGAGGCCAAAGCCAGCGGUAACCUCGGCAACACAUUGAAGGUGCUGGGUCGGUUCGAUGAGGCUGUGGUUUGCUGUCAGAGGCACUUGGACAUAGCCAGAGACAUGAAUGACAAGGUGGGGCAAGCGAGGGCACUCUAUAAUUUUGGGAAUGUGUACCAUGCCAAAGGCAAAAGUAUCUGCUGGAGCGGAGCUGAGCCCGGAGAUUUCCCAGAAGAUGUCAUGAUGGCACUGAGGAAAGCAGCAGAGUACUAUGAGGCAAACUUGGCGAUAGUGAAGGAGCUUGGAGAUCGAGCUGCUCAGGGUCGAACUUAUGGCAACCUUGGCAACACACACUACCUGCUGGGAAACUUUCGCAAAGCUGUAGCUUCUCAUGAACAGCGUUUGCUCAUUGCUAAGGAGUUUGGGGAUCGAUCAGCAGAGAGGCGGGCUUGCUGCAACUUGGGGAAUGCGUAUAUCUUUUUGGGGGAAUUUGAAGUGGCAGCUGAACAUUACAAGAAGACACUGCAGUUGGCGAGGCAGUUAAAGGACCGAGCCGUGGAAGCUCAGGCCUGCUACAGUCUCGGCAACACCUACACACUUCUGCAGGACUAUGAGAGAGCCAUAGACUAUCACCUCAAACAUCUCAUCAUAGCUCAAGACCUCAAUGACAGGAUUGGUGAGGGCCGUGCGUGCUGGAGUCUUGGAAAUGCCUACACUGCACUGGGAAACCAUGACCAAGCCAUGCACUUUGCUGAGAAACACCUGGAGAUCUGCAGAGAGACUGGAGACAGAAGCGGGGAGCUGACAGCUCGUAUGAAUGUAUCUGAUCUCCAGACACUUUUGGGUUUGAGCUACAGCACAAAUACCUCCACUGUUUCCGAAAAUAAGGAUAUCGACUACAGCCUGCACGGAGCCAGGCCCAGGAUGAGCAAACGACAUAGCAUGGAGAACCUGGAGCUGGUGAAGCUUACUCCAGACAAAGUAAAUGGUCAAAAGUGGAACAGCGACAUCUUGACCAAACAGUCCAAACCCUCGCUGGCUAAGAGCUCCUCCAAGCUCUUCUUUGUUGGUCGUCUGCGAGGGAAGAAGUGCAAGUCUGGUGGCUCCAGUAAGGUCCUCCAGGACACCAGCAAUACCCUGGAUACCAGUCAGCCACCUGCACAGGGACCACAAAAACGACUCAGCCCCGACAUGCUCGGAGACGACGGUUUCUUUGACCUGCUGAGCCGAUUCCAGAGCAACCGCAUGGAUGACCAGCGAUGUUCGAUACAGGACCGAGGCAGCAGGUUAUCGCUAAACAGCGGCCCAGAGUCACCUCCCAGGACCAUCAGGAAAUCCAUGUCAGAGUCUGCCAAUGUGUCAGGCGCUCAGGGCAGGCGCUUAGAGGAGUCAUCAGCAGCAGGGGGGAGCCUGCCAGGACUCAGGCUCAACCAAAACAGCAACCAGGCCGUGCUCAGCCACCUGAUGGCCAACGCUGACAGCGCUGAGCCUGAUGAUGACUUCUUUGAUAUGCUUGUCAAGUGCCAGGGCUCCCGUUUGGAUGACCAGCGGUGUGCUCCUCCCCCUCCUCCAGUCCGAGGGCCCACCGUACCAGAUGAGGACUUCUUCAGCCUCAUCAUGCGGUCGCAGGCCAAACGAAUGGACGAACAACGCGUCACCCUGCCUUCUGCUGCAAACGCUGCAUCUAGGCCAAGCUCCAACUAAACAAAGCACUAAAGGGACUGUGAGGUCUUUUGUUUAAUGAAGGUGUGGACAGUAUCGUGAUGGACCAGUGAUCACUUCCUUGUCCUUUAGGACAACACAUAGCAUUAUCAGCACUGUAUGCAGUUGACAGUAUGGGGGGGCGGGGGAACUCAGAUUAACAAGGACUUUUCACACAGCUUGUACAAAGAUGAACUCAGAGUAGCAUCAGGGACAAAAGUGUUUUUUUAAUAAUUGUUUUUAAUAAUUCUGUACUGCUGCAUACUCUCACUUCACCCUGUGUAUUUUUAAAUACACCACUGCAGGUAUGUUUGUAUUUAUUGUUCUUGUCCCAUGAACUGCCGUCCCACUGCUAUGAAGUAGUAGAGGUAUACUCAUAGUGGUGUUUUAAAUCACUCUUUUCAUGUAUUACAGCCCUUUACAGAUGUGGCAUACAUGGCAGUGUGCGUGUCUUGUGCGUGUCUGUUUGAUGUGAUUUCAUGGAGUUUCUGAGUUGUGCCAUGUUGCAAGUAAAAUGUAAAUGUUUGAAGGUGUGAUCUGUUCUGAUUUCUGUGGAAACUUUUCAUGAAAAAGUGACCAUGGUGCUUUAUGAAUCUCAUUGAGAAGAGUGUGUGUCUGUUUGUAUGAGGUUUUUGUUUGAGUUAAGUUCCUGAAGUCGCACAGGAGGCACUUACAAAAGCUACUAUGAGCAAACUGAUAAAGUAUGGAUUUAACCCAUGUACAGUCCGUGUCUCUUACCCUUUUGUACUAAAUACUAUGAGUUCAGAGGAAUAAAACAUGUCUGUUCAUGUA